UAUUGUCUUUUCACCCUCCUAAUCUCAAACGACAUUUUCCACCGACGAUCUUUAUUACGUUACGGCUUAUUCUCGAAUGCAUGUCGGAACAUAUUACUGGGAUGCACGUUACUCGCAUUUAUUCCCAUCGAUGUCGACACAUUGGUUUCGACAAUAAAUAAUUUUGAAAGGAAACCCAAAAAGAAACCAUCUAAUGACAACGCAAAUGCUUACAAAGUAUUUAAACCGCGAGCGAAUUAGUUUUAUAACAUAGCGCGCGUGCUUUCCCUAUACAAGUCCUGUUGAGCCGCUAUGAAUAAAAUCUUUAUUUACGCACAGCCGCGCGUAAAUAAGAUGAUGUGAGCAUUUUUUUUUUUACCCGGCUUCAGAGUCUCCGUCCUGUUAAGUUGCAGUGUAGUUUUCCUUUUCUUUGAAAUAUGGAAGAAACCAGCGAAGAACUGCCCAAUUUUUCUGUCGGCAUUGACCUUUUAGGUCCUGAUCCAACAAGCAAGACAAAGCCGAAAAAAACUCGCAAGUUGCACCUUUCGCAAAUUUGUCGGAAGACCAGCUGCAGCAAAUUUGGCUUCUUCGCGCAGAUCCUUGUCGCUCUGUUAUAAAAGAAUUUGCUCAUGCUUUGAGCUGUGCGUAUAUCGAGAUAUGGAUCCACUUAGGAAGUUUGGAGAGCACUCAAAAAGCUAGAGUUGCUUUCGGCUGCGCCUCGAGCUACUCUUACGCAUUUUUCUUGCCCUCCAAACUUCCCCGUGCAUCCAUAACUCGAUAUUCGCACGCUAAGCAUGAACAAAUUCUUAUAUUUGAUGGCAUAAGCACUUAGCGCGAAAAACGCAGCAAUAUUCCUUGAUAUCGAUCAAUUCUUCUAAUACAAGCGGCCGCUUCAUGAGAAACGAUUAACAAUAGAUGGUUAUUUUCUCACCUCCCUGAUAAAAAUGAGCCAUCGGACAAGUUUCAAGCAAUCUCAGUUCGCGCUCGCCUCUCUAAUUGCUUUGAUACGUUCUCAAGAUUAUGAAGGUUGGUUAUAA